GUUCUUUUGAUCCCCGUGUUUGCCCCAGGUUCAUAAUAAUUAAAAAUUGUCUCCAAGAUAAGAAAAUAUAGCUGAUCUCUCUUCUUCUCUCAUUCCUUAUGUUCUUCUCUGUCUGCUAAAUCUCGAAAGAGCUGCUCCGUUUCCAGAAGCAGAUUCGUAUCGGUAUUCAUACGAGGAAAGAGAAAAGAAGCAGCUUAAAUCAUGUCUUCUGCACAGCAACGAUUGACCUCGAUCGCAAACCAGCUUUCGGGCCCCGGUGCGGCGUCUGGAAAGCAGAGAGUCUUGUCCAAGAACCCCGACGAUAUUGUGAUUACACUGGCCGUUCGGACCCCGCUCACAAAGGCCAGAAAGGGCGGCUUGAAAGACACGGCCCUUGAUGAUCUUCUCAUCUCGUUGCUGACGUCCGUCCGCGAAAAAUCGAAUCUUGACCCCAAUCUUGUCGAAGAUGUUUGCGUUGGAAAUGUGCUGUGCCCCGGCGCAGCUUACGUCGCCCGUUCAGCUGUGCUAGCCGCAGGAUUUCCGGUCACAGCUGCUGCUUCGGUCGCCAAUCGAUUCUGUUCCUCCGGAUUGCUCGCCGUCCAGAACAUUGCCAACCAGAUCAUGGCUGGCUCUAUUGAUGUUGGUAUAGCUGUGGGGGCUGAGAGUAUGAGCACCAACGCCGACGGUGGCUCUCCCGAAAUGUCCUCCAAGAUCAUGAACCACCCGAUCGCCUCGCAGAAUACUCAACCUAUGGGACAGACAUCCGAGAAUGUUGCCUCACAGUUCAACAUUACCCGUGAACAGCAUGACAGGUUUGCCGCCAACAGCUACCAGAAAGCCGAGCAUGCCCAGAAGGCCGGAUGGUUCAACGACGAGAUUGUCCCGGUGAAGACGGUGAUUAAAGACCCCAAGACGGGCGAGACCAAGGAAGUCGUCGUCGACCGGGAUGAUGGUAUCCGUUACGGUACCACGGCUGAGUCUCUAGGCAAGAUCCGCUCUGCGUUCCCUCAAUGGACGCCUAGCGCUACUACAGGCGGUAAUGCCAGUCAGAUUACCGAUGGUGCUGCCGGUCUCAUUCUCAUGAAGCGAUCUCGCGCCCAAGAGCUCGGUCAACCCAUCGUAGCCAAGUUCUGCGGUGCUACAGUUGCAGGCCUGGAACCUAGAAUCAUGGGCAUUGGUCCAUCGAUCGCCAUUCCCAAGAUUCUUUCCAAGUUCGGUCUGAGCAAGGAAGAUAUCGACAUCUUUGAAAUUAACGAGGCAUUCGCCUCAAUGGGAACGUAUUGCGUCCAGAAGCUGGGCCUGGAUGAGGCCAAAGUUAACCCCCGUGGCGGUGCCAUUGCUUUUGGCCACCCUCUAGGCUGCACAGGAGCGCGCCAGGUGGUGACCGCCCUUUCGGAGUUGCGCCGACAAAACAAGAGGAUUGCAGUUACCUCGAUGUGUGUUGGAACGGGUAUGGGCAUGGCUGGUAUCUUCGUCUCUGAGCAUUGAGCGUGAUAUGAUAGUAAUAUUGAUAUUAUACCUUGUAAAUAGUAGCCUUCACAAUGAC